AUGUUAAGAACCAUCAAGAUACACCCUCUGGUUAUAGGUCGCAGGUUUCAACAACAGUUCAGCAAUAGGUCAUAUGAACCCCUGUUCACAAGACCUGUUAGAGCAACAGCAGAUAAUUUAGAAAGUCUUCCAAUCCUUCUCAAACAUUUCAAAAAAACCAAAAGAAGACGAGAUGUAGAUGAUCCUACCCAUCCUUCCAAAAUCACAUUUCUUGAAAUAAAAGAUUUCUUAAAUACUUAUUCCAAAGCUAAGAAAGUAUCUAUCGAACCUGAACAGACUAAUAACCCGCCUGAAUUAAUUCAUGCUUUCUUACCCCGUGGGAGAAGAGAUCAAGAUGAUAUUAUUAUCGAAAAUGUUGAGGUUAGGGAUAUUGCCUAUCUGGGAGAAGGGAUCGCGAUAAUACCCCGAUCAAGUUAUGCCGAGGGCAUCAUAUCCAACCACAACGAUAUCGAGGGUAAAUACACAAUCUUAUUGAUUCCAAGAACAGUUGUUGGGGAUAUAGUAGAUGUAAAAAUCCGGAUGCAUCAUGAACAUUAUGCCGAGGGAGAACCGGUCAAAAUCCAUGAAUCUAAAUUGUCCCAACGUGAUGAUAGUUUGAUUAAAUGUGAAUAUUUUGGAAAAUGUAAUGGAUGUGCUUUUCAAAUGUUACGUUAUGAAGAUCAACUCAUACACAAACAACACAUGAUUCAACGGGCUUAUAAAUUCUUCUAUCCCGAAGUAUUCCAAUCUUUGUCCAAUAUGGAUGAAUUUGGAAAAGUGGUGGCGUCACCUAAAGAAUACGGCUACAGAACUAAAAUAAACCCCCAUGCUGCGUUUUAUCGAGAUGGGACGGCGGCAAUUGGGUUCCAACAAGCAUAUAGUUCCAGAAAUGUUGAUGUUGAACAAUGUCCAAUUGCGUCUGAUACAAUUAAUAAAUUAUAUAAAAUCGUCCGAUGGGAGAUUCAAGAUAAUAUAGGUUGGUUUAGUCGAAAGGGUAGAACAACCAAGAAUUUAAUGAUUAGAGACACAAUCACACCCAAACUCAAAAUCAAAGCCAUUGAUGAAAUGAAGGCUAGGGUAAGGGUUCAAAUUGAGGGGUUGUUUUAUGAAUUUGAUUCUAGUUCGUUUUUCCAAAUCAAUCAUUCGAUUCUCCCACGGGUCUUGGAUUAUAUUCGUGGACAUAUGAGGUCUAGUCCGAACAAGAUUGAGAAGUUGGUGGAUACGUAUUGUGGAGUCGGAUUCUUGGGAAUCGCACUCUCGAGAGAUCUUCCACCGGGGGCAAAAGUUUAUGGUAUUGAGACUAGUGCGAAAAGUAUUGAAGAUGCAAUUGAUAAUGUUGUCUUAAACAAUCUUGAUCUUAACAAGUUUGAUUUCAUAGAAGGGGAUGCUAGUCAGAUUUUUGAAGUUAGACAAUUCAAGAAUGGACAAGUCACAGGGAAGAAUAGUAUGGUGAUUAUGAAUCCGUCGAGAGUGGGUUCGAAUGAAGCAUAUUUGGAAGGAUUAUUGAAGUUUAAUCCUGAUUUGAUCGUGUAUAUAAGUUGUAGUGUGUUCACCCAGGCAAGAGAUUUGGCUACUUUUGAAAAAUUGCAAAAGAAGGCAGGAAAUGUUCAGUAUAGAGUUAAAGAUGUUGUUGGAUUUGAUUUCUUUCCUCAAACCAAACAUGUUGAAUCGGUUGCGAUUUUGGAGAGAAUAAAGUAA